AUGGAUGAAGCUGAUUUCUCUGAAGAUAGAACUUCUCAGCAACUGGAAGACUUGCCUUAUGAUGGGGCUUUCACCCAAAUUAAGACUUAUAAUGAUUAUAGCAAUAAAGGCAUCUAUGAUGUCCCAAGCCAAAUGAUUUCCACAGCAGAAAACCAUCAAGAAGAGAAUCCCCCUAAAGAGACCUACAGAAAUGUAGACCUGGCCUUGGUGCCCAAUAAAAUGACUAAUAAUGCCAUCAACGAUAUAUCUGUUCAAGAGAAACCAGGUACCUUUCAUCCUCAUCCUCCAGAUAAUAAGAGAAACCCUCCAAAGACCAACAUUUCUAGUACUUUACUCUGUCAUCUUUCCAAAGAGAAAUUAUUAAAUGGUCAAGGCAUUACUUGUGAAGCUCUCCUGGAGAACUUCAACACUGACAGUUGCGAUGAAGCUAUUAUUAAAAGUCUCUUUUUGCAUUACACUAAGAAAUCUCAACUAAAAGAGCGACCCCCAGAACUCACUAACCAAUCUCCAAUCAAGAGGGAUGGUGAAAACAGAAAUGAGACUCCAAGCAGGACAGAAGAAAACCCCACUGACUUCAGAGGGGCAGUAGCUACUGGAGAUAGGAGUCUUCAAGGAAAUCCAAAUUUCCUAACUAAAAUCAAGAGCCAAAGUGACAAACGAAAAGAUGGUUAUGGAUGGGCCCUCCAGAAGCAGAAGACUGAAAAUGCCAGUUCAUGCUGGUGGUUCAAAUUUGGGCAAGGUCAAGCUCAUGACCUUUGCUCUAAUUUCCCUAAGGUUACUCCUAAAGAGAAUAACCCUCAAGACAGCCACAUUGAUAGAUCACUUAUGGUAGAUAAACAAACCAGAUUUACACCUACAUUGAGAGAUAAACUGGCUAUUGUGCAAGACAUUUUAGAAAGCAUGGCUAGGUUGAAUUGCGCUGAAAAACAUGAACAGAGAAGAAAAACCAUGGUACCUUUGUGCCAGCCACGGAUGGACCCUACAGUACAUUUCCACCAGGAAUGUCUCUCAGGAAUGGAACCAGAUACCGGUCCCUUUAAAUUGUCAUCAACUGGUCACAAAAACGUUUCCUUGAGUUCUUCUUACAUAUUUCAAAAGAUAUCCCAAGGGAGUCAGAUAUGUCAGAAGUUGAAAGAACAGACAAAUCAACUGAAGACUAAAGUAGAAGCAUUUUCUAAAAGCAUAGCACAGGACUCUUCACAUAAUUUGCAAGCCAGAAAGCAGGCUCUGGAGACUCUACAGGAAUCCCGCCUUCCAGAGCAGGAGUGUCCCAUGGCAGAGAAGGAACAAGUGACAUCACAGCAACUGGUCUACAAGCAUGAGUCCCCUGCCACCAGCAACGAUGACCCAGAAAGAAAAAUGGAGAGUGAAGUCUUCAAGUUGGAGAUGUUACUUGAAACUGUAAGAGAGAAGGAUGACAGAAGCAAAUACAUGUCAGCCCCCUUUCCUCCCCUGAGUUAUCCACUCAUCUCCAAUGACUUGGCAUCCACAUUUUCUCCACCCUUAAAUGAGGACAACCCCAGCACCUCAGCAGCGCGGAACCCUGCAGAGAGAACCAAGCCACGCUGUUCCUUCUGCCACUGGGCCCUUGACUGGCAACACAAAACAGAGAAGAAAGACCACAGAAAGAUCCCAUGUGACAGGCUUCCCGAUGCUGUCCUGGAGAAGGCCCUCUACCCAGAUGCAAUUCUCAGUUCUGAUAUGGGAUACAACUGUUGUUUUCCAUCUGGCACUGAUCUGCAGAGCAAUAAAUGCAAGGACUGUGCCUCUGAGCUUCAUCAACCCCCAGGAGCCUGCCACCAGGAAGCAGCUAAAGCAUUUCAUUACAAAUACAAUAUCCCGGGAGAGAAUUACUUCAAUCACACCAAAAACAGUGUCCCGCUCUGCUUUUUAAAUGAAAAUAAGAAUUCUUCAUCUUCCUGUUCAAAAUCAGAAUCGAUCUAUUCCUGGACAGCAAAUUCAAAAUCCUAUGAAGAUGAGUAUGCGCUCAUACCAGGAAAAAAAUACCCUACAGCUUUUCUGAACUAUAGUUCAGACCCUGACAACUCACCCUAUUUCCACUCCUGCAGAUUUUCUGGAAGCAAAUGCUUACACAACAUUAGCAGCAUCAAAGAAACAGAAUCUGAGGUUUUAAACACGUCUUUGGGUCAUGCCAUAAGGAUAGCAACCAUUUUAAAAGAAACCACGGAUAAGAUGAUUAAGACUACAGCAGAAGACCUGGCCAAAGUACAGAGAUGGAGGGAUCAACUGAAAUACUAA